UGAUACGAGGAGCCCCUUUAACACUCUGGUAUUCACUACUAUACGCUAUCAGCCUUUACGGUUAGCCAAUAACACUACAGCUUGUCUUGUAUACACACUGCUGUUAAUACAAGGUUCCAGUAAGCUAAGGGAGAGAGACCCCAGUCAACAAGGGCAACACAAUAGGAAAGAUGGCUGUUUCCCUUGACGAUCGUCACAUGGAGGAAAUGUAGAAGCAGAUUUUUGGAAGACUAACAGAUAUUCUAAUAUCAAGGUGUAACAAAUGAAUUCCCAUUGAAAAAUACCCUAAUUAAAUUCACGGCAGAUAAAUGAUGCACAAACUGCAGUGAUUAUUGAAUCUAGCUAAAUUCCAUAAUGAAAACGACAGUUCUAGUUUGUGUGAUAUUUGUAGGCCUGCUGUGGGUCGACCAAGUUACGUGCAGAGAUAAGGCCUCCCAUUUGUUGAUGUUGGAACAGCCUUCAUCUUACCAUCAUGUUGGUAAAACCAAACUGGAAAUACGCUCCAAUUAUUCAGGAACCAUUAACUUCGUUGAAUCUAAUGAGUUUAGAGUAUUAAUUAAUACAACAGCCAAUGAUCUGGAGGAGGUUUAUAGGGUUAAAGCUGAUUUAGAUGAGCAUAAUGGUGGACUUUUAUUACAAGUUUAUGAGAAACCUGAAUCGGUUGUAUGGAUUCAGUUAAAAUGGAUUAUAAUAGUGAUUGGUGGAUUAACCGGACUCGUAUUUGUGGUAUCCUGUGUGACAGCAUUGUGUUCGUAUCAUUCGGAACACUCUCGUUAUGAUUCUAUCGAUAGAAAGAGUUAUACUAGUGAUAGCCAACGUAUUGUCUUCAGGUCUAGAAGCAGCAUGCAUAGUAGUACACAGGGCGAACAUAUAUUAAAUGAUGAUGGAGACAUCUAUCAGAACGAUGAUACGUUAAAGAGAGUACCAGAGUUACCAGAUGAAGAAGCAGCUGCUGAAGCUAUUGAGAUGGAGGAACUAAGAAGACAGCAGCUGAAAUCAGAUGAUAGUGAUGGUGAAAGUGACACAGAGAGUAAAAAUUUAAUCAAACGUAGAUAUCAGUCUUCGUCUAAAAAGAUCCACAAAGAGAUGUUUCCGAAGGAAAAGAAAUCCAAAAGUCAUUCCAAGACGGAUAAGGAGGAAUCCGCAGAUUUGAAGGACUACCUUGAAUAUUCAUCCGAUGGUUCUGAAUGUUCUGACAAGGAAUCCAGGAACAGCAAAAUACUGGACAAGAAGUUAGAGAGGCAGAGAAUCGAAGGUGUCGUUAUGCAUCCCAGAAAAGACAUGACCACUACUUUCUCUGAGAGUGAAAUCAGCAGGCAGGAUCAAUACAAUAAAUAUUCCCCAUUUCCUGUUAGUGCCAGCAUGGAACAAAAUAAAUUAAUGGAAGCAACUCCUGGUUUAGCACGAACCACCCCAAAAGAGAAUCUGGGCAGUACAAAUUCUCAGACAACAGAUGAUGGAGCUUAUCCGUUUCUUGUCCAGGCAGAUGUGCAUCUUCAGUCCCCUAAAACAUCAUUGAAUAGAUCGUCAACUCCUGUGGCAACAUCCUCCCCAAUGUCAACCUUUAAAAAUCCUGGUAGAAAGGUAGCAUUUGCUGACCCCGAUUCAAAAUCAGGGAACCAAGAUGACUCAAAAUCAAGCAUCAACUUUCAAGAUGUUUUUGACAAAUUUUUGUUAGGACCAGAUGGAAAUAUGAGUCAGAUACCCGAGGAAAAUCAAGAUGCGGACAGCGCACACAGUUCCACUAACCAAUCGCUAUAUAGCGGAAGUGAUCUUGUUGACAAUCCACACAGACUAUAUGUGAAUAUUGGGGAUUCGGGUUCAAACCCAGAGUCCAAAGGUGGUUUUAGAAACACAAGACCUAUCCUACCGCCUUCUUUGGUGGCUGGAGCCAGGCGGCCGAUGGAUUCAUCUGGUAGUUCUUUAAACAGUGGAUCGGCGUCUUCCCUUCCACAACAACUAGGACGAAAUAAUCAACCAAGGCUCAACACAUUUGGAUCAUCAAAACCGUGGGCGCCACUUAGAACUCAUGAUCAGAGACCCUCUUUGGACUCUGGCAUCACAUCAUCUAAUGGUACCAUAGGUCAGUAUUCAGCAUCUUCAGAUGCUGGUAACUCAUCACCACCUUUACCUCCUCCUCCAGAUGGGUAUGAGGAGGAAAGUGGUAUGCAGUUUGAUUUCCCUUCCCCGCCACAGAUGUAUUCUCCUGGUAGUAUUGAUCAAGAAGAAGUAAGAUACCAGAACACUCCUGCCAGAGAUAAUAAAAAGGGGAAUGGUCAAAGAGGUGGUGGAAAAGGAAGCAAGCUAGCUCAUAUGACGUUCCUAUCCAUAACGUGUGUAUUAGGUUUGAUGACUGGUGUUUAUUGUGUGAAGGAUACGUCAGAUGCUAGAGUAGAUAUAACAAUAUAUACACCCAGAGAUUAUCUCUCUAAUACAUCUACGAUAUUCCUUAAUAUAGAUAAAGAUGGGGAAGUUAUAAAUGCUUUAAAUAUUCCAUUACAACAAUACAAUAUUAAAAAUCCAAUUUUAAAGGAUAUGUAUUCUGAUCUAUGUAUGGAGCAUGAUUGUGAACAAGGCUGUGAUAUACAAACUGGUGAAUGUAUAUGUAAAAAGGGUUAUAAACUGGAUGCAGCCGGACAGUGUAUUGAUAUCAAUGAAUGUAUGGAGGGCGGAGCGAGAUGUCACAAAGAUGCUGGUUGUUUAAAUAAUAAAGGAUCGUAUAACUGUAUCUGUAGUGGAGAAUUUUAUGGUGAUGGUAAAAACUGUCGAGAAUGUAAAGCUCCCUGUGUACGAGGGACGUACGAAUAUCAGUCAUGUGAUCAAAUCAAACAAAAGAUAUGUCGAGCUUGUAAAGCAUCUUGUCCAAGGGGAUUUUUUAUGAACAAAAGAUGCGAUAUGAAGCAUAACGCAGAGUGCAAAGUUUGUAAACCUAGUAAAUGUUCUGAAUCAGAUUUUGAAUACAGAAUGUGUACCAAUAGACAGGACAGGGAAUGUCGAGAUAGGAGUAUUUUGCAACCACCUGUUGGAUCUAAAAACACCAUCAUAGAACGUUUACGGGGUAUCGAAGAUGACACAAAGAAAAUUGAAUAUCUACGACCAUCUGAUUUUAUUGGUUUGAGAACCUAUACUUUUGAUAGAGGAUUGGGGUUAAAGGUUGAAGUUCGACUUACGUCACUACAGGCGUCUCAGCUGUUUGUACCGGUGAAUUACAGUAGUCAUCAGAGUGAUGGCCUGCCACCAGGAGCUAAACUUGAAGAUUUUAGACGAUAUUGUCCACACCCUGUACCUAGCUACUAUAAACUCUUCUAUGAAAAACACCGUAAUAUAACGUACAGAAUAGACGAAAAUAACCAGGUACAACCAUGUGAAACAUAUAAGAUGUUUGGUAAAUUUCCAACGGCCAGAAAUCUAAAAGAACAGUCUUUUCUAGCCGUAGAACCUGGACCUAUAACAAACAUAUUCGAGAUUAAUCCCACAUAUUUUAAAUAUUCUACUAUAUGGGUUCACAAAUCGAAAAGAUGUAUGAGAUAUAGUGAUGGGUGUGAUAAUUGUACCAUCCAGUGUGUAGUUCAGAUGAAGAAUACCGAAGAUUGUAAAGUAAAGGGGGAUGAUAAUGAUAAUGGUUGGUCACCCAGAUUAAGAGUAUGUUAUAAUUGUUGUGCUCGUACAAACUGUACAGAUAACUGUAAAGAAUAUCACAAGAAACAUUGUCAAUCAAAGAAUGUUGAAUGUCGUCGAGGAACAGUGGUCGAGUUCAGAAUACAGCCACAAUGGAAUACAUCGCAAGCUAAUUAUUUUUUCUGUCACGUACAACCUAAAAAACAGCAGAAACUUCUCAAAUUAAACUACGUUGUUCUGUAUAAAGGCAACGCUCUCCAUUAUAAAGAAAUUGAGUUAAAUGGUGAUCUCAAGUGGGAAACAGAAGGAAAAAUGAUUCAUAAAGAUGGUAUCUUAUCCAUAUUGGUUGAUGCUAAAAUCAACAACAUGCCAAAUUUCCUAGAAGGGGAGUUUGCUGGUAAUAAAGAAUUAUUUCGUGUAGGAGUUUAUAAAAACGGUGGAUCUACUGUUCAAUCAACAGUUAUAAAUGGACAGUCUAUAUUAGUUCGACCAACAAAACCAUUCGGUCUUGUAGGAAUAUCAACAGGUAUUAUUUUUAUUUAA